AAAAGAAUAAAAGUGUCUAAUUCAGCUACAAAAUGGAAAAACCAGCAACCCUAUUCUUGUUGUUCAUUUUCUUGUUUGCAUUUCUUUUGCAUGCCCUUCCAACAACAUCUAAAGAAGUUGGUGAUGAGAAAGAGUUUAGUUAUGAAAAGAAUGACGAAAAGGGGCCAGCUCGAUGGGGAGAGCUUACUGAAGAAUGGAAAACAUGCAGCAGUGGAUCCAUGCAGUCUCCAAUAGAUUUGCCGAUCAACCAAAGAGUUCAAUUGGCUUCCUCUACAGAGGGACUUAACAGAAACUACAGUGCCUCUGAUGCCAUACUUAAGAAUACGGGCCAUGAUAUUGAGCUAGAAUGGGAGGCUGGAGCAGGAACUAUUGAAAUAAACGGAACUGAAUAUACUCUAAAACAAUUGCACUGGCACUCACCUUCUGAGCAUACCAUCAAUGGCCGGAGAUUUGCCAUAGAGAUGCAUAUGGUUCAUGAAAGCAAAGAUGGAAAGAUUGCUGUGAUUGCGUUCUUGUACACAAUAGGAAGACCAGACUUUUUCUUGUCACAUCUGACAGACCAUAUUAGAAAGGUUGCUGGCUCCGAAGGAAAAGAGACAAUGGUGGGAACCGUUGAUCCAGAGGACUUCAAGAUACAGAAUAUAAUGUAUUAUUAUAGAUACAUGGGAUCUCUUACAACUCCGCCAUGCCAUGAGAGCGUCGUCUGGACUGUUCUGAAAAAGGUGAGGACUGUUAGCAUACAACAAGUGAGUUUGCUCCAAGAAGCAGUGGAUGGGGAGCCGGGUUGGAAUGCAAGACCAACUCAACAAACAAAUGGACGUCCAAUUCAUCUUUAUGUAUCAGAAGAUAAUGGUCAUCACUAAAUUAAUUCUUUAUGUUUUAUACACUAUCUGUACUUAUUGUAUGGGGAUCUUAAUAAAGCCUACAAAUAAAUUAUCUGAAUUCAGAUCACCCCAUAUAUAGAAUUGUUCUUCUUGCUUUUUUUCUUUUCCCUUAGUUUUCAUUCUUUGUUGUCAGAUGCUGUUUUGUUUUGUUAGUUACAAUUCGAUUUUGUAUGCAUAAAGCACUUAUUAUUGCUCACUGAUAAUGAUAGCAUAUGCCUUUUUCUUUUCUUUUGCUAUGAAUCUUGAAUUUGUUGGUUUUUUUGUUGGAACGAUAAGAAAUAUCCAUCUUUCAGGAUGUUUGGAAUGUGAUAUAUUUCAGGUUACAAUACUUUUAAUCUAUUCCAUUUUAUUUUAUUUUUUCUUUGUCGUUAUUUGGUAUGAUGAUAAUUUUUCUUUUUCUAUGAUAAUUUUACUUUUUCUAGAACGAAAUUCAUACCUAAUAGGCAUUAAUAAGUUAAUUCUCUAGGAAUCUUCGACUCCAGCAACAUAAAUUUGAUUAUACGGAAUUUUAAAUUAAUUUUAACUUCAUUCAA